CAAAACCCAAAAACCCAACCCUAAUACGAAGUUCUCCACCUUUCUCUCGCAUCAAUGGCCGACUCUGUAUUUUCCAUUCAGUACCUCAAAGAUUUCUUCAAUUCUCAAGUCAAUGACGAUGAGAAAUGGGCCUUCAAUGCGAAAUUGCUUCGUGCUAUGGGAUUGUUUGCAGGAUCAAUAGCACUUAUGCGAACUUAUGGUGACCUUAUGGCAAUCUGAAGUUGAAGAAUAAGUUGGAUGUCAUGAACUGCUAUCAUCUACUUCAACAGUAAUGUGAUGUGUAGGCUUUAGUAAUUUGAACAUGCAAUGAGCUCUAUUAAUUUGAGGCUUUUGAUGAACGAUCAUAAUGCUUUAACGAUUUGGUUAUGUUGACUUUAAUUGUAUGCGCACAUUCCCUGGGUCGGAUGU